GGAGCUCCGGCGGCUCCCGGAGUUUUAAGAAAGGACAAAAUAAUCCCAGAUUGAUAUCAUAAAACGGAGAGACAACCCCACUCUCUCCUCUUCAGUAGACGCUUGGAGAAUUCCUUAAAUAAAGACAUUUGCUGUGUUAUUGUCUGGUAACGUUGAGUCGGCUUGGAUCUUAUCUGUGGACACGCAACUUGUGUACAGGAUGGCUGCAGUUUUUUCUUGCAUCGUAGUCUUGAUGUCUGUUGCCCAGACUUUUUCCACCGGCGUCUUCGAACUCAAAGUGGAUUCGUUCACCACCCGGCAGCCGGGCUUGCCUCGCAGUUGUCAGAGGGCACAGCAGUGCGGUCGGUUCUUCCGGGUCUGUCUGAAGCAUUACCAGGUUAACAUUUCCCCCGACCCGCCGUGCACCUACGGGACUGGGCACACCCCGGUAUUGGGGCCAGGAGGCGACUUGGUGCGGGACAGCGAACCCAUUCGGAUCCCCUUCCACUUCACGUGGCCGGGGACUUUCUCUCUGAUCAUUGAGGCUUGGAACGCGGAGACGGACGAGCCCAACACCGAUGACCCCCAGAACCUGAUCAGCCGCCUGGCCACCGGCCGGCGCCUGGCCAUCGGCGAGGACUGGUCCCAGGACGUGCAGACAGUGGAGCAGAGCGAACUGCGCUACAGUUAUCAUGUGGUGUGCGGCGAGCAUUACUACGGCGAGGGCUGCUCCGCGUACUGCCGCCCCAGAGACGACACCUUCGGCCACUACACCUGCGACGAGGCCGGUCAGAGAGUCUGCCUGGCCGGCUGGAAGGGCGACUAUUGCUCAGAACCGAUUUGCCUGCUGGGUUGCAACGACAAAUACGGAUACUGCGAAAGACCCGGAGAAUGCAUAUGUCGCAUUGGCUGGCAGGGACGGUUCUGUGACCAGUGUAUCCGCUACCCAGGUUGUCUCCAUGGCAUGUGCCAGGAACCUUGGCAGUGCAAUUGUCACGAGGGUUGGGGCGGCCUCUUCUGCAACCAGGACCUCAACUACUGCACCAACCACAAGCCGUGCAAGCAUGGAGCCACCUGCACCAACACUGGGCAAGGGAGCUAUACCUGUACCUGCAAACCAGGCUUCAGCGGCACCAACUGUGAGAUUGAGACCAACGAGUGCGAGAGCAACCCUUGCAAAAAUGGAGGGAGCUGCACGGAUCUAGAAAACAAUUACACCUGCACUUGUCCCCAGGGAUUCUACGGCAAGAACUGCGAGAUCAGCGCUAUGACCUGUGCUGAUGCUCCAUGCUUUAACGGAGGUUCCUGCACCGAGAAGCCACAUGGAGGUUACACCUGCCGAUGUCCUGCUGGGUUCAUUGGCUCCAACUGCGAGAAGAAGAUUGGCCGCUGCACCAACAACCCCUGUGCGAACGGAGUCUGCUACGUCCUUGGUCGGAGCUUCACCUGCCGUUGUCGGACUGGGUUCAUCGGACCGAGAUGCGAGAUCAAUGAGGAUGACUGUGCCAAGAGUCCGUGUGCAAAUGGCGGCACUUGUAUUGACGGAAUCAACUCCUAUACUUGUAGCUGUACCCUUGGCUAUGGCGGGAAGGAUUGCAGCAUUCGCAAGGACCCCUGUGUCAGCAACCCCUGCAGAAACAAUGGUAUUUGCUAUACUCACUACACUGGCCACGUCUGCAAAUGCCCGGUUGGAUUUAUGGGACCCAACUGUGAGUUCCACGUGACGCCCACCACUCCCACUGACGGGGAUAACCCCUUCCCCGUUGCCCUUGCCAUCUCUUUCGCCUUGGGCUUUGUAACUCUGACCUUGGUGGUGUUUGCCGCGGUGGUGAUUCUGAAGCACGUGCGGAGAAACCAGGGCAGCCGAAGUGCGGUGCGGAAUGAUCUGGAGACCAUCAACAACCUGUCGGAUUACCAGAAGGAGAAGGAAGCCUUCAUCAUCUCCACAGGACAGUUCAAAGUUUCCAACAAGGAUGCUGCACUGAGCACAGACUGUCUGACUGAUAAAUUUAACUGUAAACAGAAACUUCAUGCACUGGAUUACAAUCUGUCUGGGGACCUGAAAGAGGAACAGCCUUUGAAAAAGAAUAUUGAAAAUAAGAAAUCUGAUUGCCUGUCAACUUCCAAACCCCCGGGCUCGUUUCAGAAGGAGGGAUUGUACCAUCCAAUGUACAUCAUGCCGGAGAGGGUUGAACCAUGCAUAUUUGCGACUGAGGUAUGAAUUUGGUCUCCUUAAGUUUUGAUGCUCAAGCUUCUCCUGUUUCUGAAUGUUUACAGAUUUAUUGGACUCUAUGGGGUUUUGUAUUCCUGUAUUUAAUAUUUAUUCAUGCUGCUGGAUUUUGGAACGGAGAACCUCCUUAUUGUUUAAGACCGUUUUUUUUGAACCUGGCUUCUGGAUAAUGAAGAUUGCCUGCUGACACCUCUUUGGAAGCUGGGAAACAUUUGCACUAUUUUCAAGGGCAAAGUUAUGCCCAAAAAAAAUCUGCAUCCCAAGGACUGAAAAAGGGAGGAAUGGUGGAGCAAAAAAGGCAGGACCUUUUGAACCGAUUGUGGCCAUGAGUUCUCAACUUGAUGUCUCCUAGGUGUUUUUUCGAAUCCCUUUUGCAAAAAUAAGUUGCUCUAUCAAAUUGCAACAUGGCACCCACAAUCUUGAGGGGCUGUUGCUCUGCAGAAUAUUGCCCUUCUCUCUGUUUAAAAUGACAGACAAUAUCAGAGGAUUGCAAGAAGACAUUCUAGACAUCAGAAUGAGGAAGACGUACAGUAUACAUUACAAAAGAUAAAUGUUCAGUGAGUUGAGUUCAAGGCAGGCAUCCAUUCAGACUUCAGUAAAGCCCAUUCAUGAAUCCGAGCUUCAGGACACCUUUCAAACCUUUCCAUCAACCUGCUGCCUCCCGGUGGAUUCUCUUAUUCUAUAUAUAGUCAAAUAUGGGAAUAUGCUGUGUAUAUGUCUUAUCAUGAAGGACUCCUUUUAAUAACAUGGAAAAUUAUUGCAUUUCUGUUUCAAAGUCAAGCCAAUGUUAUUUUAAUAUUUUAUAAUUUAAGAAUUUUGAUAUGCAUACAAAAUGAAAUAUACUUUUUCUAAUUUUAUUUUGUAUAUAGUGUAUAUUUAUAAGAGAAUUGUACAUAUGUUUAUCUAUUAUGUUUUAUAUAUGUCUUUCUGUU